CUGAAGUAAGCAAGCAAGCUGGAAUAAAGAUGUAGUGUGAGCUGGAGGAGGGUGGGGGACAGAACAAGGAGAGUGCUGUGCUGAGGAGAGGAGAGGGCUGGACGUCCCAGACCGAGGAACGGAGAUCUGGGGGGGAGACGAAGUCAGAGGGUCCACCGGGGCAAGAAGAUGCCCUCAUGCUACAGGAAUGCGCUGAACAUCAUGGUCACCACCGUCUUCGCUGCGGUGGUCCUCUUCACCAUCCUGCUGGCCUACGUCACAGGUUACCAGUUCAUCCACACAGAGCAGCACCACCUCUCCUUUGGUCUCUACGGGGCCUUCCUCUCCCUCCACCUCUUCCUCCAGAGCCUCUUCGCCUUCCUGGAACAUCGGCGAAUGAGGAGCCCGGCUCGGUCCCAGCACCUCCGCCGCCUAGUUGCCCUUUGCAUCGCGGCCUACCAGGAGGACCCGGACUACCUGAGGAAGUGUCUGCGCAGCGUGCGCCGGAUAUCCUUCCCGGGCCUGAAGGUGGUACUGGUGGUGGACGGAAACAGGCCCGAGGACCGCUACAUGAUGGACAUUUUCCAGGAAGUGAUGGGUGGUGCAGACCAAGCGGGCAGCAUGGUAUGGAAGGGCAACUACCACAGCGAUGGAAGCGGAGGGGGAGGCGUCAGCGGCGGGAGGAGGAGCACGGUGCACAUGGACGAGACGGCUCGAGUGGCCCGGUUGGUCCGAGGUUGCCGCUACUCCUGCGUCAUGCAGGAGUGGGGAGGGAAGAGGGAGGUGAUGUACACUGCCUUUAAAGCUCUGGGGGACAGUGUGGAUUAUGUUCAGGUGUGUGACUCAGACACGGUUCUCGACCCGGCUUGUACCAUUGAAAUGCUGAAGAUCCUGGAGGAAGAUGCCAUGGUGGGAGGAGUUGGUGGGGAUGUGCAGAUCCUCAAUAAGUACGACUCGUGGAUAUCCUUCCUCAGCAGCGUGCGCUACUGGAUGGCCUUCAACAUCGAGCGAGCCUGCCAGUCCUACUUCGGCUGCGUCCAGUGCAUCAGCGGCCCCCUGGGCAUGUACAGGAACUCUUUGCUGCAGUGCUUCUUGGAGGACUGGUACCACCAGACCUUUCUAGGCUCCAAGUGCAGCUUCGGUGACGACCGCCAUCUCACCAACCGGGUGCUCAGCUUCGGCUACAAGACAAAAUUCACGGCGCGAUCGCAGUGUCAAACGGAGACGCCGACGCAGUAUCUGCGCUGGCUCAACCAGCAGACUCGGUGGAGCAAGUCCUACUUCCGCGAGUGGCUCUACAACGCCCUGUGGUUCCACAAGCACAGCCUCUGGAUGACCUACGAGUCUGUGGUUACCGGCUUCUUCCCCUUUUUCUUAGUAGCCACAGUCAUCCACCUCUUCUACCGUGGCCGACUGUGGAACAUCCUGCUCUUCCUACUCACCGUCCAACUGGUCGGCAUGGUGAAGGCCACCUAUGCCUGUUUCUUGCGUGGCAGCCUCGUCAUGAUCUUCAUGUCUCUCUACUCUCUGCUCUACAUGUCCAGUCUGCUUCCUGCCAAAAUAUUCGCCUUGUUAACCAUAAACAAGGCUGGAUGGGGCACAUCGGGCCGCAGAAAGAUUGUGGUCAACCUCAUCGGCGCUGUGCCGGUCACAGUGUGGGCUCUGGUGCUGCUUGGAGGUGUUGCAUAUACAAUCUACUGUGAAACCCAAGAGCCCUUUAGCGAGACUGAGAAAGCCUUGUUGACAGUGGGGACGAUACUCUACGCCUGCUACUGGGUCAUUCUGUUGGUGCUCUAUCUGGCAAUUGUAGCCAAACGAUGUAACAAGAGGGAAGAGCAGUAUCACCUGCCAUACGCCGAGGCGUGAAACAGAGAAGCUGCUGGGACAUUUCUGCCAAGUUUCACUGCAGUAUGACUCUAGUGAGGUUUCUGUUGAGCCAAUGCACAGCUAGAGCAAAGAGCUGGGACCAUCAUCACUGGUGCUACAAAGGUGUGAAUAUGAAUAAUAUGAAUUCUGAGAUGACAGGGUCCAUACAGCUCUCCCUCUUCCUGUCACGCUUACCAGUACCUCAUACAAAGCCAGUAUACGCAAUCCAGACCUGAAAGUGUUCACAUACGUCCUCAAAAGAAAAUACAGACUUGGACUCAGUAGGGUAAGCUGUAGAACUCUAUACUGUAAUGAAUAUAACAAAAAACAUGACAAAAAUAAAGAUAAAUAGCUCAAAUUAGUCAGGUGCCUAUUUCAGAUCAGAGAAGGGAGGUUCUUCAUAACCAAACUAUUCAGACAGAGAGCCAACUUUAAAAUCGGUGAAACUGCCUACAGCCAUCUGAUUGGGCAGAAAAGAUGUAAUUUUGCUCCAGUGUAAAAACAUGCACUGAUCUCAGGGUUGUGUGGGUCUAAUUUUAUAAAUAACAGAGAUAAGAGGAAGCAGGGAGAGAUGCCGGAUUACAUAGCAGAAAUGAGAGGAGUCCUCUGUGGACGAGACAUGCAGACAACUCAUGAAGAUACACUGAUGCUACAGGAAGUUUGGUGAAAGUCUGCAAAUGUCCUUGUGGAAAUUUGUGGUCAGCUUCAGUAGAGCUUAAAGCAGCACUAUGUAAGUUUUCCACCUUAAUGUAAUAUUUCAUCAUCAUCAUUGUGAUGGUACAUCAACUUCCAACAGCUUUAAUGAACCUCUGUCAUGAUCUGAGGGAUCUGUAUCGCCUUCACUGGCACUAUGUAACUUUGAGGUGCAUGGUAGGAACCCUGCCACACUAAAAAAAUACACAUUUUUACGGCUUUGAAGUUUUAACGGAGAAGGCGAAAAAAAGAAAGCGGGAGAGUAACAAGCUAAAUGCCCGGACAAGAAUAAACAUUGGCCCGGCGUUCACUCGCUGGCGUGAGCUGAAAGACGAGGAGGGAUGUCCGACAAGAGAGACAGAAUUGUUAUGAUACAAAUGUAAAUGUAGAGUUCUAUGUUCAAUAAGAAUCAAAAUUAGGAUGUUUUCACAUUCGUCUUGGGUUUUGGUAAUUCUAAAAUUACUGACAAUAUCAACAACAGACACAGAAUAAUAAUAGUGAUCAUAAAAUUGUGUAAUUCGCAAUGAGGAAGCUUUAUAAAGAAAGAAUGCAAUGCAAAGAAAAUGUAAUGAACAUUUCUACUAUUUUUCCUGAGAACUGUAAAAUUGUGCAGGCUGAUCUGCAAAACAUUCAGUUAUUCACAGGUUGUAAAGUAUAUUUUUAUUUUGUCAGUAAGUAUGUUGGACUACUAAUUUAUGACGUCCCUCUAAAAAACGUGACAGGAAAAAGGUGCAGUAGAACAAAACCAGAGCGUAGUUUGGGGCGCAUUAUCUGGCUGAAACAGGACAGGGGGGCGGGGGUGACUUCACUAAAAAAACCAAGUUGAACUUAGUGAUUUUCAACAUCGUCAUAUUAUAUUGUUUAGCCAAAAAUAGAUACAUUACCUCUUCACUAUCCAUCCUGCAAACGACCGCUGAAAACAGAAAAGUAGUUUUGAAAGUCCGUCCCGUCUUUUUUCAUUCACUAUCAAAACGAAUGCAGCUACGGGGACAGGAGUUUUCCGGCGGUACGCGCUGGUGCUCAUGGGAAAUGUAGUGUUCUUUCUGGUAAAGCACUACCGCUUUGGUCCAAAGGAGCCGCCAAACUCAACAAAAGCUGAAAGUUACAUUGUGCUGCUUUAAAGUAUCUACAGUGGUGCAGUGAGCGUGUUGAGAGUAAUUGGUUACAGUAAUCAUUCGUCCUCUGCAUACUGAACGUGGACAGGAAGUAGCGUGCAGCUAAAUCCACAGAGCUAGCUUCUUGGUCUGUCGAUGGAUUCUCAACAGAGCAACUAUGAAGCACAACAAUGAAUGUAUAAAUGUUUAUUUUCAUUUGGUCAUUACACAAAUAAAGAAGGUAAAAAAAGAAGGAGAAAUUACUCUUUACGUGUUCAGUUUUCUCAAGAGUUCAUCCAGGAAACACUUCACACAUCAACCGAGCAUUUAUAAAACUGUAGCAUUGUUAGUUACAAGGAAACACUGUUCCUGGUUUGAAAAACAACCCUCAUCAAACUAACCACAGUUAGGUUUACCUGGUAAUGGUAUGUUUCCAGAAACUGUUUCCAGAAACUGUUUUAAGGAACAAUCCUUUCUCAUGAAUAGCGACUAGCCUAGCCUAGCCUAGCCUCGAGCCUAACUUGAUUUUUAUACCAAUCAUGUAUUAUAACUUUGCAUCAACCAGCUUUGCCUUGAGAACUGAAACAUUAACCUAUCACUUCAGUGAUAUUUCAUCUAAGUUGCUUUCCUGAUGCAUAUUAGGAGAAAAAUUAAGAUUUGCUCACUGACCACGCUAGCUAUUGUUUGGAGAUGAAACGCCUCCGACAUUCCAAGAAGUUACUAGGGAACCGUCAUUUAGCCUAAGAAACUAGUUUCAUAAGUCUUUUCCAAAGUAUUUAUCCUUCAAAUCAUUAGAAAAUAUCUUGAGACCAACAAAAGAUGGUGAAAUCCAUAAGGACUUAAAAAGUGACACAAAGGAAGUUUUGCAUGUUUUUAGCUCAGACAUAGAGGUUAAGUCGUCUGAGAUUCACUUUGGUCUUUUGGUCAUUUCUUAUUUAAAUUCUCGUUACUUUGUUGAGUCUCCCACCUUUGUCAAGACGUGAACUUUAGCUCUGUGAGCUUGUUGUUAAUGUGUGAAGUAGUGCCAUAAUGCAAUACACAGUUGUCAAAAGAGAUGACCAGGACCAAGUCCAAAGUUAUUUUUGGUGGUUUUUGGUUACUUUCCUACAAAUCUUUGCAGAUCUUCAAGUGAAAUUGAGAUUUUAUUAUAAAAGAAAAGGUUAAUUUUGCUGCUUUAAGAGACAGUCACAGUACAAUGAGGAUCCAAACACACUUAUACACACCCAAAUCAUGUUGUGGCUCAGAUACCUCCGGAUUAAAAAAAACAACAACUCACAAGUAGUUUGAUAGGCUCAAACAUUUUUAUUGUGCUUUUCAAAAGAAGCUAUUUCAUAAUGUCUCAGUAUAAAAUGUUUUGAUACAAAGCCAACAUUAUAAGUUACAUGCUAGCAUUUAUCUGACCAUCUGUAGCUUUGAUUUCAGUACACAAUCAUAUGGCAUUAUUUUCAAUAAGCGUAUGUAAUGUCAGCUUUUGCCUCUGCCCUGAGUUUCUGACUCUUAAAUUGAUGAUGAGAGAUUCUGGGAACUGCAUGAAGUGUUCUCCAACACAUCCCAAACAUUCUCAGUGGCGUUAAGAUUUGGACUAUGAGAUGCCCUGUCCAUGUGUGAAAAUGAUGACUUUUGUUCCCUCAUGAUCGCUGAAGAAAAAAAAAAACAUCUACUGUACCAGACCUGGGUCUGGUGUCCAAAUUCUUUCCAUUCAGGUAUUCAGAAAUCCACUGUGGAUUCUCAGUCAUCCAAAUCACCAUAAAUCUAAAACGUUUACCGUAUUUUCUGGAAUAUAAGCCGCUACUUUUUUCAUAGGUUUUGAACCAUGCGGCUUAUACAAAGGUGCAGCUAUUCUGUGGAUUUUUCUUCCACCGCUCGGGGCGCUCUGACGGGAAUUACAAUCAAAACUAAGACAAAAUAAAUGCAAAGAAGAAUACGCUACUUCUUCUUUAGCAGAUAGAAGUAGGUAGAAGAAGAUUUCAAACAGAUAAAUAGAUAAAUAAAUACAGGUUAUUUUCUCUUGGUUCUGUCCCGUUUUAAUCAGUAAAGUUGCUGUCGUGUUAAAAGACACUGUUAGGAAAGAUCUAUUUAGGUACAAACAUGUACAUCAUUUACAGUUCAAAAUCCUUCUGUACAUGUAGUAAAUAUCUAAUCUAACAACAUAAAUAUCUGCGGCUAAAUAUAUAUAUAUUUUUUUAAAUAGAGCGGAUGCGGCUUGCAUAUCUUUUUUUAAUUGUUUUUUAAAAAAUAGAGCGGGUGCAGCUUAUAUGCAGGUGCGGCUUAUAGUCCAGAAAAUAUGGUAAUUAUUUUCAAGCUAUUUAACUCAGUUAUAAGCUGAAGCCCCGGGUACAGGGGGGCAAAUGCCAUAUAAGAACAUAAACCUGAGAUUAGUCAGGGCUAAGUAGUAAAGGGUUAAGACUGAACAUUCUGAUUGUCAAGUAUACUAGAACACAGGAAAAGCCAAACCAGUCAAAACUCUUCAGCAUGACAGUAAGGAGGACUCCUAUGGAGUAGAGGAAAGAUUCAGCAGCCAAACACUUCCUCGGCAGACAUGAAAGCAUUACAACAAUAUUCAGACAAACAAGAAAAUCAUUUGAUUUAGAUUUUGAGUCAGUAAUCAUUCAGGUCUGGUUCUCAGACACCGUCCGUCUAAUGUGCCCUAAACAGCACAAUGUUCUGCUGCAAGCAAACAGUCGAACAUUUCUGAAAAUGCAGCUGUAUUGAUCCUGUUGAACAGUGUCAAUUAACUAAUUUAUGUUUGUCUAAAGAGGUCAAUGUGCAGUUUACGAGUUUACAGUCACCAGUGUUGUAGGUUCAUUCAGCUCUAUGUUGUCAAGGUGCCAAAUAACAUUUGUGUAACAGUAAUGUUUCGUAGCAAAUAGUUUUCUUAACUUUGGACAUUUUUUGUCUUUUUUUUUUUUAAACAUUUUUAUGUCACAUGUCACUCUGUCAACUAUGUAAAGACUGAACACCAAAGAGAUUUCUUUUACCUUCUGUUCUGGCGAUGGGCAUUUACUCUUUUAAGGUUUUUUUGUUGUUGUUUUAUUCGGAAUUGAUUUUAAGAUUAAACUUGAAAAUUCAAAAAGGGUCUGCUGUAUAUAUUAAAAGGAAGCUGUGUUUCUGACGUUCAACUGUAUGUCAAAGGUGCUCUUAUUUCUUCAUUUCCCUCAGUUUCCAACUUGGAGCAUCAGCAGAUGCUGGAACUUCUACAGUCCCUAAAAACGCUUUCUGUUUUAGACACAAUCCUCUUACACGCAGCAGAC